AUGCAAUUUAAAGAGUUCAAUCUUGAACAACAUUUUACUUUAUUAUUAAACUUGGAUAAUAUUCAAUAUCAAGUAAGCAGACUUCUUUCCUUAAGGAUACACGAUAUUGAUAUUAGUUUCCUGACAGUUGCCAGUAUGAAAUCAACGAGAGAAAAAUGGAAACAGAAAGGUGAAAAUAAUGCAAAUCUCGCAUUUUAUCGCUUAAAAUAA